AAAGAUCAGGAUGCAUGCAUAUCGAUAGUAAAGGCAAUUGUCGAGUUGUCAACUGGUUUCAGCUUAGCAGAUAUGUAUCCAUCUCUCAAAGUGCUUCAACUCUUUAGUGGAAUGAAGCACAAACUUGAGAGCCUGCUUCAGGAUAGUGAUAGGAUCCUUGGUGGCAUUCUUGAUGAUCACCGAGAGAGCAUAAAGGUAGAAAAAGGACAAGCAGGUGGGGACCUGGUUACUUCUCUGUUAAAGCUUCAGGAGAAUGGAGACCUUGAGUUUCCCCUCACUGACACUGACAUCAAAGCAAUUAUCUGGGAUAUCUUGAGCGGUGGAAGUGAGACAUCAUCAACAAUUGUGGACUGGGCAAUGGCAGAAAUGGUAAAAAAUCCAAGGGUGCUGGAAAAGGCACAGAAGGAGGGAGAAGAUCUAGACAUGAGUGAAGCAUUUGGUAUCACAGUUAGAAGGAAAGAUGAUCUUAUCUUAGUUCCUACAACUUACUAGCCUUUAUAUAAUGAAUAGAGGGAUCACAUUCACAGGUCUAAGUUGUGUGUGUGUGUGUUUCAUGUGUGUUUCAUUCUCUCAGUGUCUUAAAAGUUAGUAGUCAGAAGUAAGAUGCUUUUAUUGUAUUUCUUUUUUUAUCAUAAAAAGAAAAUUUUAUUGUGGUGAGCAUAAAUGCUAUUUUUAUUC